GGAUAAAAGGCGGCAACGUAUGUAUUAAUGGAAGAUGGAGGGGGAGAUAUCAUAUUAAUGUGCUUAGGUGUUUUUUUUUUGACAAAAGAUAAUCAUAUAUUGAUUCAAAAAAUAGGCAGUUACAUCCUGGAAGACAGCCAGGUCUGAAAAUCAAAAGAACGACUCAUGGUCAGGUACAAAGAAAGGGCUUUUCUAGCCACCAAAUGGGCUACCCUAUUACUACGCCGACCUACAAACCGAAUGCUAAACCUAAGCAGGACAUGGAGCCAAUUAGCAAUAUCUUCAAGAACAGCACCCAUCUUGUUAUCUCCAUGAUCCCCCCGAUUGAGUUUGUCAAUAAUGACCUUGGCGUCGCCUUCAAAACGAACAUCAGUAAGGCCCAAUCCCUGACACCAAAGCAUAGCCUCCCGAAGCACCAACAGUUCCACAACCAUCGGAUCAUCAAUACCCGCAAUUUGCACACUCGUGGCCAUACUGAUCACCCCUGUAGGAGACAGAAGAACCAUUCCUCCCGCCGAAUGGGACCCCCUCCUAAUGGCCCCAUCCCAUCUACAGACCAUACGCCGAUCACCCCCUCCUCCAGCGAACCAGAGUUAGGGGAAGGAGCCUGAGCGACGGAGCAGGCAGGCAACCGAACCCAUUCCUCAUACUGCUGGAUAAACUGACGCAUCAACACUGGGAUCCCAAACUGUUUCCCUUCAAACACCACCCAGUUACGAGAGCGCCAGAUCCUCCAGAGGAUGGCAAUCACCGCCAUGAACAAAGUAGGCUGAUUGUUUAAGCCCAAAAGCUUUUUGAUAAACAAAGAAAAUGUCCGACGAGGUAACCCCUCCCCUAGAUAGUCCAAUCCUGAGUAGUCCCAGAGGGCCCGAGCUACCGGACAUUAUAGGAACAAAUGCUCUAACGUUUCGGCACUAUCCCAACAAACCGGGCAACGAGGAUGAACUGGGACCCUACGCUCAAUGAGAGCCUCAAUAGUUGGAAGGACCCGAGAGAGGAUCUGCCAGACGAACACCUUCAGCUUCGGGGGAAUGUUUGCCUCCCACAGGCGAAUCCAACUAGCCUUAUCCAUCCAGCUGAUAGAGUCUUUCCACCCACCCUUCCACUUAUCCAGCAAGACAGCAAGGUGAUAGGCAGACUUGACCGAGAACACCCCAUAAGUAGUCUCAUUCCAGAUCAACUUGUCCUCCACAUUCUGCCGCGGGAGGGCUUGUUGCAACUCCUUUAAACGAGCCAAGGUGUGGCUUGUUGGAGGAAUCGUUUCACCGUUUGCCACCCGAAUUAUUUUUCUUUCUUAUUCACCACUAACUUUACGAAUCGUUUCACCGUUAGUCACCGGCCGUUAGUCUCCGUCAAACUCCGUUAACUCCGUCAAUUUUUUGCUGAUGUGGCAAACAUAACUGCUGAAUAGACCGUUAAGCUAAUGACAUGUCAAUUUAAAAAAAUAAAAAAAUUAAUGUCUAAGAGAUAAUUAUAAUAUUUUAGGAUAUGGAUGAACAAAGUAUUAAGUGAAUGAGUCUAGAUUAUAGUUAGAAUAUAAAUUUCGACAAAUUCGAUACAAAUAUACUUAAAAUACUAAAAUCGUACCAAACUUAUUACCUUUCUCUAGUCUCUAUUGAUUGGAUUUUACUCGAAAUGAUGACUUAUUUUGAUCCUAAUUGACAUGGACCGCAUCUUUUUAUGUUAGUGGGCUAGUGACUAGUGUUUCUUGAAGGUUGAAGCCCAUCUAUCUUUUGAAUUUUGAAGAGAUGGAAUGGAAUGAUGAAGAUGACCCGGCCCCUAGAAUGAAGCAAAUCCGUAGUUUCAGUGUCGUCGUCGUCUUCUUCCUCUGUCCUACAUUGCAAAUCCCUAAUUUUCAGUUUUCGUUCGUCAUUUUUCACAUAUCACCCCCCGCCCCUUCCAAAAUCAUCCGUCUCAAACAAAUCUCUCGCCUCUCCCUUGCUCAGUCAGCUUCGAUCCGGAGGGAAUCAACGGCGGCGGGGCUUACCGCGGCAGCCAUGUCUCUGCUUUGAAAGGUUCAAGGUUCUGCAUCUGCUGAUGCUUUACGGAGACCACGAAACUAAACCUUGGAAUCUUUCAAUUAGCGAUUUGAGGCGAACAGAUAGGGGAAUCCGGCGCGAAAUCAUCAACGCUUCAGUUGAACGGGCGGAAGGGAAGGAAAGAACGGCAAAGAUCGCUCGCCGGAGAAGUUUUCUGGCUUAUGAAUUCACCUGCGGGUCAUAAUAUCGUCGGAAAUGAUAUUCCGGUCAAAAUAUUGUAAAAUAUCGUUGAAUAUCGCGAUAUAUUAAUAUAUCGCGGGAUCUCGU